GAAAAAAGUUUAGUCUUUUAGUAUUGAAUAGAAUUGAUAUUCAAUUGCUAUAAGAGAAGCGAAUAAUGAAUACAAUUCUAGUCGUCUGUCUGGCGCUGGCCGUCAGUUGUGGAGCCGUUCGACUACCGGUGCCCUACGAGGUCUAUGUCCGCAAUGGAGGCCUCCCGGUUCCCGAAGCACUGCGCACCGGCAAGUGGUACAACCCUUACAACGGCACCGACUCGUACGUCGUGGGCGGAACUAAUGCCAAAGCAGGCGAAGUGCCGCACAUCGCCUCCCUGGCCACUUCAUCUCACUUCUGCGGCUCAUCCAUUCUGGACGCCAACACUCUGAUAACAGCCGCUCAUUGUGUGGACGGUUCCUCGGCCUCGAGUAUUAAGGCUCGUGUGGGUUCACUAAAGCACGCGUCGGGUGGACAACAGGUUCAGGUGCAGGCCAUCCGAUCCAAUGCACAGUACAACCCGUCGACCAUUGACUACGACAUCGCUAUAUUGAAAUUGGCUUCAGCUCUCACUUUAGACAACAAUAACGUUAAGGCCAUUACUCUGCCAUCAAGCGAACCGGCAUCCGGUAGUUCGACUUUGGUGGCCGGUUGGGGUACCACCCGUGCCGGUGCAGGCACUUUGCCGGCUGAUUUACAGAGGGCUAACGUUAAUAUAGUAGCCAGGGCCACCUGUAACUCCAAUUAUGGUAGUGGUAUUACCGAUCGUAUGAUCUGUGCGGCCGUAACCGGUGGUGGCGUAGAUGCGUGCCAGGGCGAUUCCGGUGGACCCCUCACCCAGAAUGGAGUGUUGGUGGGAGUGGUGUCAUGGGGCCGGAGCUGUGCAUUGGCUGCAUAUCCCGGUGUCUAUACAAAUGUGGCCACGGUGAUUAGCGCCACAAUUUUGGGGGACCCGGUGCUGAAGCCACAGAUUAUCGGUGGCACUGACGCCAAAAGGGGUGACAAUCCGCACAUGUGUUCAUUGAGAUCAUACUCUCACGGCUGCGGAGCUUCUAUCAUAAGCGCCAAAUGGGCCAUCACUGCAGCUCAUUGUGUGGCCGGUGUAAGUCCUUCGGCGCGAACGCUACGUUGCGGUACAUUAUUGCACGCAUCGGGAGGGAAGGACUAUGCGAUCGCCGAGAUUAUCACUCACCCGGACUACAACUCUGGCAGUCCGCUCAACAAUGACAUUGCCUUACUCAGAAUCGAAGCUGAAUUUGAUCUAGGCACUCAAGACUCUAAUAUUAUACAGUUGGCCGCACAGGGCUCCGAUGUGGCCGCCGGCACCGUCGUUACAAUCACCGGUUGGGGACGCCUUCAGAACGGAGUCAACAUAUUUCCCGAUACUCUCCAGACGGUCGACAUUCCGGUGGUCGAGAGGAAUGACUGCAAGGAGAAGAACCGGGAUAUACUGCCCGUCACUGAUGCCAUGUUCUGCGCCGGACUUCCAGAUGGAGGUGUCGAUGCCUGUCAGGUAUGGCCCACUUAUGUUGCCAUCAAAUUGGAGAUUGUUUUGCAAUCAUUUUAA